GCAGGAGGCGGCGGGGGCUGGAGAGGGACAUUCCCCACAUUCCCCCUUGGCUCUCUGCCGACGACCUCCAGAAGAUGUGGCUGCUGUCCAGCGGGCAGGUGGUCUCCAAAUCCCGCGUUCCUGCCCACGGGCAAAUCAUGCGAGUGAGGCUGCGUGCCGCGGGGGAUGAUGCCAAGGGAGAUGCCGAGGGGGAUGUCUCGCCAGCCAGCCCGGAAGGAGACUGCCAGGAUGGGCGCUGUGGGCUCAUCAAGCGCCCCGGGGACCUGUACGAGGUGCUGGCCUUCCACCUGGACAGGGUGCUGGGGCUGAACCGCAGCCUGCCCGCCGUGGCCCGACGCUUCAGCAGCCGCCUCCUGCCCUACAGCUACACCGACGGCGCCCUGCGGCCCAUCAUCUGGUGGGCUCCUGACCUGCAGCACCUGCAGGAUGCCAACAAUGACCAGAACUCCUGUGCCCUGGGAUGGCUGCAGUACCAGGAGAUGCUGCAGCCCCACAGACCGAUGCCGGUGGACAGGGACACUCCCUGCUCCAGCAUCCCAUGCAGCGAGUGGAGCCGCCUGGCCCUCUUUGACUUUCUUCUCCAGGUCCAUGACCGCCUGGACCGCUACUGCUGUGGCUUUCAGCCUGAUCCCUCUGAGCCCUGCGUGGAGGAGAUGCUCCAUGAGAAGUGCCGGAAUCCAGCAGAGCUGGUCCUGGUCCACAUCCUGGUCCGGAGGAGCGCGCCAUCCCGCCUGGUGUUCAUCGACAACGCGGGCAGGCCGCAGCACCCUGAGGAGAAGCUCAACUUCAGGCUCCUGCAAGGCAUAGGCAGCUUCCCAGCGGCGGCGGUGGCCAGGCUGCGGUCGGGCAGGUUGCAGAGCCUGCUGCUGCAGUCCCUGCGCCUGGACCGGGAGCUCUGGGAGAGCCAGGGGGGCGCCGAGGGGCUCAGACCCCUGCUCCACACCAUCGACAGGCGGGCACAGAUCCUGCUGCGCCACAUCCAGGAGCACAACCUGACGGUGUUCGAGGACUCGCCGCGCUGAGCCGCCCCCCGGCCGGCUCACGGUGUGCCUGUACAUCCCAGCAGCCAUGGAUGUCCCUCUUGCCCUCGGCAUGGACGUUAUGAGGCUCCACACUGGUGCUUGGCUCUCCACAAGGUGUUUUCCCUCACCUUAUAGGAUGACCUGGAGAAGCAGAUGGAACUACAGGGAGUAGGAAAGAUGCGGAGGAGAUGCCUCUUAAGACAAGCCACGACUUGAGAAAGACAACAGUCAUCAAGUUAUGGUCUCAGCAUGGAUUUUCAAAGGAAGGGCACAUCCAUGGGGUUUUUUGGGUGCCUUUACUCACACACAAAGAAACACACAAACAGCAGCUGUGAAAAUGGGAGUCUUGGACAGUUGAACAGCUGACAGGGACCCUGGAAAGAGUUAAAGAAGCUGUGGAGGAAGUCACUGGCAGCCUUUCCAUGGCUUUUUGAUGAUGCCUUCGCUAUUUCCAAAACAUCCUGGACAGAGAGGCAGGGGGAAAGCAGAGGGGAGCUUUCUAAGUGGAUUAAACAAAGACAAGACACAAGAGCUGAGCUCUGCCUUUUCUCCUGCACAAGAGGUAAUAUGUGCCUGGGAAACUGUGAGCCGCUGCCUGGAGCUGAGAUUAGGCAGGACCUUGAAGCUCAGCAGCACUGGGCAGCAGCUGCCCUCACACAGCCCAUGGUACCAUCCCCAGUGAGAGCCACAUGCUGUGUGCCAUGUGCCACGGUCCAUGCACGUGCCCUGGUGGGCCUGGGCUGCUGCCAAUGCUCUCAGUGUUGGAUUUGAAGAUUUAAAUCUCUCCUUUACUCUUUGCCUUAAUCCCUGUCAGGGGAUUAAAGGCAAAACUACCCCACUUCUGAAAAGCACUCCUGGCUGCUCUCCUGGGCACGACUGCAUGUAACUCUUCCCCAGGCUUGCAGAAAUAUGUUUUAACAAAAACGCCAAGCUAUUUUAGCACGAGGCAGUCAAGUGCAAAAUGGUUUCUGAGCGUGCUGGCACCUCUGGCAGAGCCCAUCCUGUUCCUGUCACCCCUCAGGCUCUUUCCCAGCAUCCCAUUCUGAUGAAGCACAGCAGCAUCCCAGCUAGGCAGGUCCUCAAGUGUCAGGGCUGAGAGAUAAUUCAAAACAAAAUGAACAGGAGGAAAAGAGAUGCAGGGAUGGGCUCCACCAUUCCCCGCAGUGUGUUUCCCAGCUGAGGCAUGCAGUCAGUGUUUGCCUGGAGCAGUCAGUUCCUGGCCUGUGGGUUUAUGGUUUGCCACCUGAAGGCUUUUUAAAGGCCUCCAUUUCUCCAGUGUAACAAGCAGAGCAUCCAUUGCUUCAGGCACUCCCAAUUCACUUGUGCCUUUGGCAAGUCUCAGUGAGACUGGAAUAGGCACCCAGCUGCACCAUGGUACAGCUGCCCCAUUGCAAUAGCUUUGGAGAACAUGGCCACCAUGCAGUGGGAGAGGAAAAGCUGGCUGUGGAUACCUUCCCUGCUCCAUCCUUCUCAGCACUAUGUCAGUUUUAGAGUUUGCUUUAACACUCAUGCUGAUAAGCACAGGCAAUUGCCUUUUUUCCCCUUUUCCCUCUUGCUGAAGAGAGGGUGAAGCGAGACGUGGGUGAUGUGAAUCAACAAGCAAGCACAAGUGCUCUCAGGAAGCAUCAGCACUCAGCAUCACAGGCACAGCAGCAUCCAAAGUGCCAUCAGCUUGUUCCUGGAGUCCUGCCCUCCAAUUAGCCAGGGAGGGCCUUUCCCCCAGCACUCUCUCCACCCCGUGAAUUAUCACCCUAUUUGCUGUGCCAUGAGAUGGAUGACAGUCAUGGAAACCCUGCUAAAGCCUGAAUCAUGAGGAUUUAUUACUGGGAGGUGAGCUUAGCUUGUGAGCUUGAAAGAGAGCAAAAUAACUCAUCCUGGGUCCUAUGAAAAGCCAUGGCAUGGCUGUAUAGGAAUAAAGGAUUCUAAAUGUAACAAAAUUAAAUUAAAAAAUAUGCUGGGAAAAAAUGUGAGGUAACAAGAGCAUUAGUUAUGAUGUACAGCAUUCAUCAGAGUCUUGCUUUAUCUCAUUGAAGUGAGAAAUUUCAUCAAAGGAGAGGUUUUCAUCCCAUGUAAACCAAGUUCUCAGCAAGAAUCAAGAGACAGGUGGGGCUCUGUGCAGUGGCCAAAGCUGUGGACAUUGCUGAACUGGACCAGCAGCUUUUGCCUUGCCUCUGGUUGCAUCUGCUCUACCUUAACAUUGCACAAAGUACUGGGGUUUUUUUGCAUUUCUUUAGUUGUAAUGUGAGUUUGCUAGCUAAACACAUGUGAGAA